AUGGACAAAGUAGGAAGUGUCCUCGGUGGUACGGCGGACACAGUGGGAAAAGGCGUAGGAGGUGUAACCAACACGGCCGGUAACGCUGUCGGUGGCCUCGGCAACGUCCUCGGUGACACCCUCAAGGGCACAACUGGGACUCUGGGUGACGCGACAAAGGGCGUCGGCAACGUGGCCAAAGAUACCACUGGUGGCGUCGGAGAUACUGCACGCUCGGCUACCGGGGCGAAGCAGGAUGCUCAGAACCCGUUGGGGUUGAGCGAGUAG